GCUAAUUUAACUGUACGUAGCUCAUUUCUUGGAACGUCACCGGAAGUUUUCGUUCCAUUCAGGACUUACUUCAACUUAUAUCAUAUAUGAUUAUGAUAUGUUGAUCAAAACAAAUUGCCUUACCGUUUAGCAACCCAAGGGGAGAUAUUUCUAAAUUUUUAAGAUAGCAAUGAAGUAAAUAGUUUAAGAAGAGAAAUUUCGAAUAAUUUUAAUUUGGGUUUCACUUAUUUAAACUUUCAUAGAAUAUAAUGGCAGAUAAUGAAAAACGAGGAAUCGCUCUUGUAGGCGAAGCAGAAAAGAAGUUAAAAUCUGCGCAGGGAUUUUUUGGUUCUCUUUUUGGGGGGUCAUCUAAAGUUGAGGAAGCCUGUGACAUGUAUCACCAAGCUGCAAAUGCUUUUAAAAUGGCUAAGAAAUGGACUGCUGCUGGAACUGCCUAUUGUGAAGCAGCUGAGUUACAUAUCAAAUCGGGCAGCAGACAUGAUGCAGCUUCAUCUUUUGUUGAUGCUGCAAAUUGUUUCAAGAAAACUGACCCUCAAGAGGCUAUUAGUUGUCUAAUGAAAGCUGUGGAAUUAUAUACUGAUAUGGGGCGUUUUACCAUUGCUGCCAAACAUUUAGUUAGCAUGGCUGAACUCUAUGAAGUUAAUGAUAUAAAUAAAGCUGUCAGUUGUUAUGAACAAGCUGCUGAUUAUUAUAGAGGAGAAGAAUCUAACAGCUCAGCCAACAAGUGCCUUUUAAGUGUUGCAAAAUAUUGUGCCCAAUUGGAACAAUAUGAAAAAGCUAUCGAAAUCUAUGAACAGAUUGCAGCAUCCUCACUUGAAAGUUCUUUAUUGAAAUAUAGUGCAAAAGAAUAUUUUUUCCGAGCUGGCUUGUGUCAUUUGUGUGUAGAUCUUUUAAAUGCACAGCAUGCUUUAGCUAAGUAUGAAGAUAUGAGUCCUUCUUUUUCGGAUUCUCGUGAAUGUAAACUGCUUAAGGAACUCAUUGAAAAAUGGGAAGAACAGGAUGUCGAUGGCUUCACCGAUGCCGUUAAAAAUUUUGAUUCUAUAUCUCGUCUGGAUCAGUGGUAUACAACAAUCUUACUGCGUAUAAAAAAGACUAUUCAAGAUACUCCAGAUUUGCGUUAAGACUUGCUCUAUUUUGAUGGCCAUAAAUAUGAAUUUAAUACUAAAAUAUAUAUUUUAUUAAAUAUCUUAUCUUGUAAAUAAUGUUUGUAAAUAUAUGAAUACAUUUUGUAAUUGUAACCAUGAUUUUGACAAUAUAUUGUAAAAGCAUAUUUAUAAGAACUAAACAGUUACUUUGGAAGUUUGUUAUUUAUUCAUUCAAGUAUUAGUACAAUCUUCCAUUUAGUGAUUUGUAUUUAUUCAAAUAUCAACACAAUAUAGUGAAAUUUUUUAAAUCUUUAUCAGAGUUAUUUGUCUGCUUAAGGCUUAAUAAUCCCAUUUUUUUUCUUGUUCUCCUGAUUUAUUUUAUAUAUUCUUUGAUGCCUCCACCUAAUGUUGUUUUAAAGUUCGUUGUAGUACAGUGGAUUUUGCCUUUUGUGCUGCUUAAACUUUUAAUCUAAUCCAUUUUUUUAAUAAAAAUAUUAGGUUAAAAAAGGUUCCAUAUAAAUUUUUAAUUAUUUAUAAAAUUGUUAUUUUUCUAGUAAGUUUUCUGGAUUUUUAAUUUUUUUUUAUUAAACUACAUUAAAGCUAGAAUUUAAUUUUUUUUUGCUUAAAAACUGAAUAUAAGCUGUAUGUUGGUAGCAUAUGCAUAUUAAAACACUGUUUAUAAAACAUAUUUAAGAGCCUUAUUUCAUUACAUGUUUUGCCCGUAAUUGUGGGCAAAAUUUAUUUUGAACAAGUUUUUUUUAACCUCAUAUAUGCUUAGAUUAUUAUAGGGUUUUGCUUUUAUGCUUUAAUUAUAGAAGAUUGUAGAUUUAAUUAUUUAUAUUUUUCUUCAAAUAUUAUGAAAAGUUUUUACAUUGUAAGGCUCUGCAUGUCUUACAUAUAUUAAUAUAAGUGCUUUAUAAUUAUUUUUUAUGUAUCCAAAUUUCUUUUGAAUAUAUAAUUUACAUUAAUUGAACCAAAAAAGAUUGAGAUUUGUGGCUGUUGUCUGUUUUAAUGGAUAUUAAUGUUUGGAGAGUUAUAAUUUAAUUGAAGUGAAGAUAAUGCACUGAAAGUUUUUUUCCUAAUUACUCUUGGGUAUUUUAGAAAUGGUUGCUUUGCUGCUGUAAAUACAUGUUAAGAUUUGCUUGUUUUUUUAUAAUUUUAACUUAAAAAAAGAAAGAAGAGAAUGUUAUUAAACUUGUUAAUUGUUUUUAAAGGCUUUCUUGAAUUUUUCUCUUGCCAACAUCUAAUUAUGUGAAUUUAUUUCGAUGGAUUAAUUAUCAGCUAAUAGAUUUAAAUUUUGGCAUGCAAAUAACAAUAUGGUAAUUAGUUUGUUAAAAAAACGUCUUUCAUCAAGCAUUGAUAUGUUUAUUUGAAAAAUUGUUAUGGCCUUGUAUGACAUAGAAAGCUAAGCUAUAAGCAGCAAGACAGUGGGAAAUAAAUUAUUUUUACACAUA